ACUUCUGUGCCUCUUUUUCUCUGUCUUUCUGUGUGUCUAUAUAUAUUUUUUCCCCCAAUUACUUCAAUACAUUUUUGUCGGACAUUCUCCUUAGCCUUUGAUAAAGCGGAUUUUUGUGCUUUUGGAUUGAUGAAUCGAGAGAAAAAUGUCGACACCGCGACAACAGCAGCAGCAGCAUCAUCUCGAUGAUCAGGAGGAGCUCCCUUUCGAGGAACGCACCUGCUGGAUAUGCUUAGCCAGCGAGGCGGAGAAUCGUCGCGCCAUCUGGCUGCAUCCCUGCCAGUGUCGUGGCAGCACCAAAUGGGUGCACGAGAGCUGCCUUUCGCGCUGGAUCGACGAGAAGCAGAAUGGGGACACACGGAUGCGUGUCUCGUGCAUGCAAUGUCGCGUCGAAUACCUGAUCAUGUUCCCCAAGAUCAGUCGCAUCGGCAACAUCCUCGAGAGCAUGCAGGAUCUGAUCCGACAGUGCAGUCCCAUUUUGGCUGUGAGCAUAUUCCUGAUGUCCGUCUACUGGACGGCGGUGACAUACGGUGGUCUGACGGUGCUGCAGGUCUGUGGCCAAGAGCGUGGCAUGGAGCUGAUCGAAAAGGGUGAUGCGUUCUUUGUGCUGCUCGCUCUGCCCUUCAUCCCCGUUGGUCUUGUGCUGUCGCGUCUUGUGCGCUGGGAGGACGCAAUGUUGCGGUUGUGGCACAAUCGUCGCUCAGUUCUGCGCAAAUUACCGCUCAUCAAUUGGCUGUGCGGUGGCCUCGCGAAUACGACAACGACAACGGCGACGUCGCUGGCAGCAUUUCCUCAUCCGCCACUGCCUGAGGAGCCAUUCGAUGUGGCACGCACCUUUUGUGGCGCCAUUCUGCUGCCCACCAUAUCGAUGCUGACGGGCAUUGUUCUGUACAGUAAGGUGCAAGUGCCGUUGCAUCGCACGCUGCUUGGCGGCAUCACGUUCAUUGGGUUGAAGGGAGCGUUCAAGAUCUAUUUGCGGCAGCGGCAAUAUUUGUACCGGACGCGGCGACACAUUGUCGACUACACCGAGGAGAAUUUGCGUGCCUAUGGCGACAACUCGCAGGCGCAAGCAUUGCGUCAGAAUGCUGGCUACCAGGACGCAGAUGCUGAUGACGAGGACGAGAACGAGGACGAAGAGCAGGAGCAGCUGAAUGAACUCUUAAAUGUUGACGAUGAUGUGGAGCAGGUUGAUGAACAUGAGAUGGACAUGAUUAUGACUACCUUUGGCAAAGUCUCAAUAGGAACUCAAACAACCAACACAGCAUUUGGCACAUUCAUUGAUACCGGAACAGACACAGAUUCAGAUGAUGGAGAAGAUGUGCGAGAUCAUCUCGUUGUCACGGUGCCCGAUCGUCCCUUUUCAUUGCUCUCUUCGGAGAGAUAGAGAGCAGGCCACAACUGAAAGAGGAAAGUGAAAGGAAAGUGUAUGGAAAGUGUUACGCAAAUUGGAAUCGUAGUGUUCUCUAUACAAAUAUGGCAAAUACGGAUCACAUAGAAAUUCACAUUUAUGUUUUAAUUGCAACUUCUUGUUUUUCAAGCGUCUCUCUAAACAAAUACAAAAUCAUUAAAGUUA